CUCAAAAAACCUAAAUAUCAAAAAUGGUGGAGUUUGAGUUUGACAUCAAGGACCUGUUCCCGCAGGAGAUCAUUCGUGUCCAGCCCGACCUAUUGCGCCCACAAACACCAACUGCCUUGUUGAAACGCCAAAAUCGGCAGGGGGCCGAACCACCUACACCGGCAUGCAAGCUGAACCGGAUAAUUGAUGAGAUGGGGCAGCUGUCGGCGGUGGCCCAGGGCCUUAGGAUUCCAGUGACCACGGCGGAGAAAAUGCUCGCCAACACCAACACCCAGGUGACCUAUCUGAUGGCAGACGACAAGUCGGGACGCUGGGCGGUGACCGGGUUGCUCAAGGUUGGCACCAAAAACCUCUACCUGUUCGACGAGAAGGGCGCGUGCCGUCGGGCGAACCAGACCCCGGCCAUCCUGGACUUUUACAUUCACGAGUCUCGUCAACGUCGCGGGCUUGGCAAGCGUAUCUUCGACAAGAUGCUCGCCGAUCAAGGCUGGUCGCCCUGCAAGGUCUCUGUGGAUCGUCCCUCCCCGAAGAUGAUAGGUUUCCUGGGAAAGCAUUUCGGUCUGGUGCGUACCAUUACGCAGGGCAAUAGAUUCGUGGUCUACGACGGAUUCUUUGACGACCUGGACUCGCAGGGUCAGAAAAACGAAGGUGCUUGCGGAUCAGGUGUUUCAGUUGCCUGUGCCGGACCCAUUGCCAGCAUGCCGUGUCGUGGUCGUGUGGCUAAUCCUCCGGACACGUUUAACAUCCAAAUUUUGGACGACCGCAACAAAAAUUCCAACGCUAAUAAGAAUGUUAGCCCACCACCACCGAAAACCACCAACAACUUUGUCAAAAACUCGCAGUUCCCGAACAACGAUUCCAAAACUACUCAAAACAAUAAAACCAACACCAACAUUAAUUCCAACAAAUCCAUCAGCAACCCGAUCAACACCAAUACCAACACAAGCAAUAACACCUGCACCAAAGGCUCUGGAUCAAACCCAACAACUGAAUCAAGUCAAACUCCAAUUCAAAAUCGCAAUCAAAUGUGUGAAGGAUCAGAAACCUCCAGUGCCGUGCCACAAAAUCAGCCGGGAAGACGUUAUCCAUUUCAGACCGAGAUGCAGCCACAUGGCCCAGAUCAUGGCACCGGACUUUGAUCCUAAGGCUCCCUCGCAGGAUACCCCCAGAAGUCGACGUAAUUGACGUGCCCGUAUUUCGGUUUCGUUUGGCGCUGUUGUUGGGUUCCCCGCCGACCUCGAAAUUCUAGUAGUACCUGUUAAUUUUUGGAAAUUUCAUCAAGGUUCAAAUUUCAUAACGCACCUAGAACCA